AUGGGAGACAUAGAUGAGCGAGUUAAACGAAAUGUUAAUCAACAGCGGUUUUUGCCCAUCGACCCACAAGCUAUGAAUGACCCCCUUUCGAAGCUGAUUUUCGACUACGAACAAUCUAAUGAACAAUUUCAAGAUCGAGAAUUGCUUGAUUUAAUUCAAAGAGUCGAGAAAAACAAUCCAGAACGAAGCGUAAAAGCACCGUUAUUUGUGUCAAAACUUCUCACUCAUAGGACUGCGGCCAUUCGUAAAUCAGCAUUCGCUGCUUGUUUGAAUAUUCUUUCUCAUCCACAGAGGAGUCCUCGUCGAAUCUUGUUGGAUGCUUACCGCGGAGCCCUUUGCAAUUCAAAUCACCAAGUGGCACAGUAUGCAAUUACAUUACUCCCACAGUUCGUUGAUGCAUGUCCAGAAGAAGCAAACAUGUUGAUAAAGUUCGGUUCCAUUGCCUAUAACAGACUCCCAGCACCAUCCACAGAAAUAGAAAUGCACAUCUCCAGAGCAUUCACCAAAGCUUCACAAUAG